GGGUCAGGACAGCUGAGGAAGUGGGCUGUCUCUGGUGUGUCUGAAUACUCUUUUAAAUCCUCUUUCCAGGCUAGAAACUAGAACAGCUUAGUUAUAGAGGAGAUACAUUUUGUUUGAUUUCUUUAGCCCCUGAAAGGCUCUUCAUACUUCUUCUGCCAGGAACGAUGGCUCUGCCUAUAAACCCAGCGGACGAGCCCAGAUUGUACCAGCAGACUCUACUCCAGGAUGGCCUCUAUGACCUGCUGGAGAAUGAUAAGCUGGUCGACUGUGUGCUGAAGAUCAAAGACAAAGAGUUUCCCUGCCACCGGCUCGUUCUGUGUGCCUGCAGCUCAUACUUCCGCUCCAUCUUUCUUUCUGACCUGGACGAGAGCAAAAAGAGGGAAAUUAUCCUGGAGGAUGUGGAGCCAGGUGUCAUGGGGCUCAUCGUGAAGUAUCUGUACACCUCCAAGAUCAAUGUGACCGAGCAGAAUGUCCAGGAUAUCUUUGCUGUCGCUAAUAUGUACCAGAUCCCUUCAAUUUUCACUGUAUGUGUGUCUUUCUUACAAAAGCGCCUAAGCCUCAGCAACUGUCUGGCUAUCUUCAGGCUCGGCUUGAUGCUGGACUGUCCCAGAUUGGCCAUCUCUGCUCGAAACUAUGCCUGCGAGCGCUUUCAGCUCAUCUCCAGAGAUGAAGAAUUCCUCCAGCUGCUUCCCAGUGAGCUGGCAGCCAUUUUAUCAAAUGACAAUCUAAACGUAGAGACAGAAGAGGAGGUAUUUGAAGCUUUGAUGAACUGGGUGUCCCGGAACAAAGAGACCAGAGAGAAAGAGCUGCCGAAUUUGUUGGACUGCAUUCGUUUGCGUCUUGUCAAUGAGGACUAUCUGAGAGAAAAAGUGGAGAAACACAAACUUAUCUCCUCUAACCCCGAGUUGCAGCAGAAACUCCAGCUGGUUAAGGAUGCCCACGCUGGGAAAAUGCCAGAAGUUAAAAAAAGAAAAAGCAAGGAGGAGGAGGAUGGUGGAGCAGGGAAUGAUGGAGAGAGUGAAGAUAAAGAUGAUGAAGAGGGCCUUCUCCCAAGCAUCCUGAAUGAUAAUCUUCGAUUUGGGAUGUUUGUCAGAGACUUGAUCCUGAUGGUUAAUGAUGCUGGCGCUGUGGCCUACGACCCAACGGGGAACGACUGCUUUCUGGCAUCACUUUCCACACAGAUUCCCAAAAACCACGCCAGCCUGGUGACCAAGGAGAACCAGAUCUUUGUGGCCGGAGGAUUAUUCUUUGAUGAACAGAACAAGGAUGAUCCACUGUGCUCAUACUUCCUGCAGUACGACCCGGUCAGUGCCGACUGGCUCGGCAUGCCUCCCCUGCCUUCUCCCCGUUUUCUGUUUGGAAUGGGCGAGGCUGAGAACUCCAUCUUUGUUUUGGGAGGAAAGGAGCUGAAGGAGCAGGAGCACAUGCUGGAUUCAGUCUUGGUAUACGACAGACAAUCCUUUAAAUGGGGCGAGUCAGAGCCGAUUCCAUACCCAGUUUACGGCCAUACAACAUUAUCUCAUAAUGACACUGUAUACGUGAUUGGAGGAAAGGGAGACAACAAGAGCUGUCUAAAGAAGAUGUGUGCCUACGACGCCAAGCGUUUUGAAUGGAAGGAGCUCGCGCCCAUGAAGCACGCACGCUCCUUAUGUGGAGCUACCGUUCAUGAAAACAAAAUAUACGUGGCAGGAGGCGUCACUGACAACGGCCUGACAGACACUAUGGAGGUGUAUGAUAUCGCUACUAACAAGUGGUCAGACUUUGUGCCGUUUCCUCAGGAACGUAGCUCCCUGAAUCUCGUGUCGUUGGCUGGUUCCCUCUACGCCGUUGGAGGUUUUGCCAUGAUGCCUAUAGAGGACAACGAAGAGGUUCUUCCUAAAGAGAUGAACGACAUCUGGAGGUAUAAUGAGAUGGAGAAGAAGUGGAAUGGGAUCCUGAAAGAAAUCAAGUACGCCUCAGGGGCUUCAGUUUUGGGGGUGCGACUGAAUACCUUGCGUCUCACCAAGAUGUAAAACCCCCUCCAGUCCCCGUUUAUGAACAUGAACCUGUUUAGUUCACAGUUGUUGUACCAGAGUCCAAAGAACGGUUCAGGGCCACAGACAUCAAUAUUCAGCUCAAUGUGUUCAUUGUUCUCUUCCGUUUUAUUUUACGCAUUUGAUUUUUUGUUGUAGAUUUUCUAAUUAUAACAAAUUAAUACUGUGGAUUUGUUUUUUUGUUUCUUUUUGAUCUAUAAUAAUUUUAUAUAUGUCUUUCUACAAGUUUAAAUCUGAUUCAGACUAAAACUACAGAGUCAGUAACCUAAAGACACCUGUUGCACUGUGUGAAAUAAAUCAAAAUAUUAAAGUGUCUAAAUCCGAGUGGAAAAUAUAAGCAUUUCCCAACAGAUGGCAGCAAAGUUGCCAAAAAAAAGCACUACUGUAAUAUAAAAAACAAAACACAAAGACACAUCUGAAUUUGCAAUAAUAUAUCUAUACUGUUUAAUAUUGAAAUGAUUUCAUUACGCUCUGUUGUGUUACAGACAGUAAACACUAGUCAAUAAUACAAUAAAAGACAGAAAAUACAGUCUAAUGUUAUUAGCACCUCUAGACACUACUGUCCUUGUACUGUUUUUAGUAUUUUAUCAUAGCUGAACGUGACGACUACUGCCUACACAUGGGCUUUGUACACCAGAGUUAACUAAGUUGUAGUGUUAACAUUAUAGAGAGUCAGCAAAUAACAGUACACAUUAUGGUUUCUUUAACACCGCUGCAGUAUGAGUAAGGGAAAUGCAAUGUGAUGCGAAUGUGAAUAAUACAGCUUUGAAUAGACUAUGGCAUUGAUGCUUAUGGUUACCAUCACAUGUAGCUUCACUCAAAAACAGGGGAAAGCCACCAUAAAACAUAUAUAAAAAAAAAACAACAACUAAACUUUCUCAUGCAAAAAUUACACUUGUUUCUCACUUUUAGUUCAUAUGGAGCCCUCGAACUGCCAAAAGGUAGCAAAAGAUUCAUUUUAACUUGAAUUGAGGAAUAUCACACACACACACACACACACACACACACACACACACACACACACACAUAUAAAACAUUCAGUAAAACAAACACAAAGUUCUUUAAUUCAGUCAGGUAUUCUGUGGUUUUCUCAUUUUACUAUUGCAGUUACUAUUCGUUUUUCUUCACUCAGGCUUUUUGACCUAUUGAUGUUUCAUUUUCCUCACCAUGUGUUAAAUUCUCCUAAUGCAUAUAUAAUAAAUAUGGAUGAGUAUUUGUUAAUGGCAGUGACUAAUUUGAAAUUCAUGUGAUACUUGUGGAGUAACUUAGAGCGCUUUGUGGCUAGCUUAGCUGAAAACAGUGCCCACAAGGAUUGUUGGCUAGCUAGGCAGCUAUCAUGAAACUAUGCCAGCCAGCAUUACAUACAGUAGUGUUAAUCAAUCUAUUCUUUUGCCAACAGGUAUUCAAAAACAAAGUUUCUUAGUAAUAGUCAAUCUACAGUUUGCCAUUUGACAUCACGACAGACCGCAAAAGACUAUUUUUGUGCUAGCAUUUAGACUGUUAUGUUAGCUUUUCAAAGUUUAACCAAGUAAAUUGAAGUUUUAUAAAAAGCUUUAGAUCUUGUCAUUUUUUCCACAAUAGAUGAAUCCUUUGUCUAUAAAUGUAAUCAAAUUUGACACAAUUUCUUGUUCACAAUUAGUGGAAAUGUGUGCGGCAUUAGUGAAAACCAGGAGGUAAUUAGCUUCAUCUCAAUCAAAAAAUUUAAGAACCCAACCAAAUAUAGACUGUUGGGACAGAAGUACUGGGCAACCUACACAUUACACCUUGUGUGUGGUCAAUUACUUUUGUCUAUAUUUGAGUGGUUUCGAACAAGUGAAACCUCUUAAAAUCUCAUUUGUAUUGCACUAACAAUGCUACUUUUUGGUAUCAUUAGAUUUGUCAGUUUUGGGGCUCCAUGUGUUUACCCAAACACUAACAGAUUUAACAGAAAAAAAAUCAACUCUUUACUCAAGAACAAAAAGAAAUAUAAUACUUUCUCUCCAAUAUCCACCAUGAGUUUCAGUUUCUAAAAUAAGACAGCAAUAUUCCCAACACUUUUCUUGAAGGUGAAGGCCACAGAAUAAAAUUCUUUUGGAUACACACUUCAUCAUUAGCAGCUUUCAAAAGAAAAAAGAGAGAGAGAGAGAGACCUAACUUAGUAAUCCCAUGAGCACUCUCCGAAGUGCCACUCUCACAGUUUGCUAUGUGGCAACCUUGGGUGCACUGCAGAAUGCACAGUCACCGUGGUGUCUAGGCACCCACUUAAUCACUGACAAACCUUCAUUUAAGGACAAGGACAGGUCCACCUUUGCCUAAUCUAAUACAAGCCUUUGGCUGCUAGCCUUAGUAAAUUAGAAUUUGGCUAAUCAAAAUACAUAGAGUCAACCUGCCUGGAAUACAGGACUCCUGCACACUGUGCAACAUUUCCCUUUUCAUGUCUAACAAUCGUAGCUUUACUGCCGUUUCACUGUAAAACCAUUAAAAAA